AGGUUAAAUGGUAUAAAGCCUCCCAGCCACAACUGACAGAGCACACUCAAGAGGAGAGCUCAUAGCUAUCACUGCAGAAGAUGAAUACUCACAACAAAAUGUGGUUUUCUCUGGCUGUACUCUUUACAGCAUGGGCCUGUCUGGCAGACGUGGCACACACUGAAGCCUCAAGCGUCCGUUCCAAGCGACUGGUUGGGGGGACCCUGGCACCUCAUGUCCCCUGGCAGGCCAUGAUCUACCUGAAUGACAGCAUCCUGGACGGAGGCUACGCAGGCGGUGCUCUCAUCUCUGACCGCUGGGUUUUGACGGCUGGCAGGAACCUUUUUGUCAGGAAGACCCGACAGGACACCCAGGGAAAAUCUCCCAUCAUUCCUAAGGUGUACCUGGGGAUCUUAGGAAAACCAGAAGCUGGUCCCCUCACAGAGGUUGCAGUAGAGAAGGUUGUUCUUCAUCCAGCUUUCCAGAACCAUUCUGACUGGGACAACGACUUGGCUCUGCUGAAGCUGAAGGAGCCUGUGGUUAUGAGUGACAAAGUGACCCCAAUCCCCCUGCCAAAGGAAAAUCAGCAACUGGCCCAGGAGGGGUCCAUCGCUGGCUGGGGCUGGGGGUACUACUUCACCUUUGCUACAUCACUCAAACACCUAGUGCUCCCCGUGGUCAGUUCCUGUAACUCAGCAUAUCAGGGUGACCCGCUCAAACCAGAUGUGGACGACAACAUGUUCUGCACCAAAGCAACUCGAUACGGUGAAAAUGUUUGUUUCGGUGAUUCAGGAAGUGCUCUGGCUAUGAGAGAUCCUAAAAGUGGGGAUGUAUACGCAGCAGGGAUCCUGUCUUAUGAUAAAUCCUGCACGAGUGGCAACUACGGAGUCUAUAUGAAGAUUUCCUCAUAUUUGCCCUGGCUACACAGCAUCAUCAGGGGAGAUACAGAGGAAUCAUUUGCUCUGCGCGCUACUGCUAUGACUAAGAUGCUCACAUGGCAGCCACGGCAAUAGAGAAAUCAUAACAAUAUAUAAAGUCAGUGAUUAUUUUUGAAUGUUUGCAAUGUAACCACUGUUGUCUUGUCACUGAAAUAUUGUGAAUGACAUGUGGAAAUUCUGGUAAAUAAAUCCAACCACACAAUGUUUCACUGUUAAACACAUAAAGAUACUCUCCAGACGUAUUGUAAUAUGUAUAUGAAUACCCUGCUUCUGUGGUCUUCCCUCAAAAAAAAGUUUAAUUAGCUUUAUAAAAUCCUUAAAAUUACAUCUCCUCCUUCUCUCUUAUCAAAAA